AUGGUGGGUCCACUGAAGAAGGAGCAGGGUGCCCUGGUCCCUCGGAGCAGCCUGACCUCGGUGCACCAAGGAGCAUCCCCCUAUCUAACUCCACCCGCUCACCCUUGGGAAGGUGACAGUGACAAAGCCGGGGGCCCUGUGCCCAGGACCCUGUGCCCUGCUCAGGAGGAGGCGCUGAGCCCGACACCAGCAGUAAAGCCCCUUCUUCAGACUGGACUCUUUCCUGUGUGUCUCCGCCCUGAUCUGCCUGACUCCACGCCCUGCUGCUGCCGGGCCCCAGGGACAAGCCCCUCUGACAUCCUACACACACUAGGCCCACCCUACUUCUGA